AGCAGAGUCCCAGGCAGGGACACACCGCGCGGGCGUCCUGUCAGCAGAGCAUACCGUCGUCAAACCGAGAGAAAGUGUCAUUUCCGAAGCCGCGCGUUACUUUAUUCCGCUUAUUUCGAACAGAAAGUAUCCGAAGAAGAGCGGGAAGUUUUGAGUUGAACGCCGCAGCCGGUGUGGAGAGCAAAGCAUCCAGCUAAACUUCACCGACUCCGGGAUACGUUCGCUCCCGCGUUCGUCGCGUUGACUCCCCCUUUUCUACCGCGAAGUCGCCCGGUCUCAAAGUUUCAGACUCCAGUUUUACUCAGAGAGCAAAGGAGGCAUAGCAGCAGAACCGGAAAGGUGGUUGUUCUUGCAGCCAUGGAUGUAACAGUUUACCCGCCUCCCCCGCAGCCUCUGGCCGCGCCAGACCACAGCAGGCUCGGGCAGAUCUCGUACACUGACCCGGCCUUCGGAGGAGCCAACAAGUUGGAAGGAGACACAAUGUUUCUGGGUAUGCAGGAAGCAAGCCUCGACUACGUCUCAGCCAGUCAGUUUCGUGUGCCACAGCCCCCACCGCCUCACAGCAAGGGAACACCCCUAAACUCAAGCUCACAGCACUGGAGGAGAGAAGGGCACAUGGCUGAUGCGCACCGUCUUCCUUGGUCUUAUUCAAUGGGUGGUUUGGGGGACGAUGACUUCAACAUCCCACCCAUCACCCCUCCUACCUUGCCAGAGCACAUGCUGCCCCCACAUCUUCCUCACGAUUCCUCCUCGGGACCCUACCCACCUCUGGAGACCUCGUCCAGCUCAGCUCCUCACCACCCUUACCAAAUGCAGAGGAUGGAUCUUCCCAACAUGACCAACAACCCUGAUGGGCCAAUGCUUAACCAAGAUCGCCGGACUUUCAGCCCAGAUGGAGGUCCAAUGACCAGCACCUUGUCUGUGAUGCAGCAGAUGGUGAACUCCGAUUCCCGGUUUAACAGCAGCCAACAGCCAAUCGAGGCAGCGCUCGGGCCACGGAGCCAGUCGGGUUUAACCCAGCAAGGCCAGCUAUCAACGAUCAAUCAGUCCCAGCUCAGCCUUGCCGGGAACUCGGUCACCCACAAUUCCCCUUCACCCCCUGGAAGCAAGUCUGCUACACCGUCUCCCUCCAGUUCUGCGCAUGAAGACGACAAUGAGGAUGCACUCCGGGUCAGUGUAGCAGAGAAACGACCUUUAUCUCUGGACAUCUCCAAGAAACCCAAAACACCAAAGAAGAAGAAGCGGAAGGACCCCAACGAGCCUGUCAAGCCAGUAUCCGCUUACGCCCUCUUCUUUAGAGACACCCAGGCCAACAUUAAAGCCCAGAAUCCGAAUGCUACUUUUGGAGAGGUGUCCAAGAUAGUUGCCUCCAUGUGGGACGGCCUUGGUGAGGAGCAGAAGCAGGUGUAUAAGAAGAAGACUGAGACGGCAAAGAAGGAAUAUCUGAAACAGCUGGCAGCCUAUAGGGCCAGUCUGGUUUCACAGACUUACACUGACCCCUCUGACAUGAAGCCCCCUCACUCCUCCUCAUCGUCCUCCUCUUCUACCUCCAUGUUCACGUCUAAACCACCAGUCUACUCUGGACACCAAGGCCAGCACCCUCACCACCUGCCCCCCCACCAGCACCCAGGCAUGUACAUGCAGUAUCCUCACCCGUCCAACCUCAGCCACGCCACCAACCCCGCCCUCGGACCCCACCACCUGCCUCCGCCUCACGCCCAGAUGCACCCUCAGCUCCAGGCCUUGUCGUCCAGAGGGACAGCACCAAGGCCAAGCGUGCCGCACCAGGGAGGUCUGUCUCUGGGCAGUGUGGUGGCGGCGUCAACCCCCCCUCACCAGGUCAGCCCCCCUCUUCACAGCCAGGCGCACCUGGGUGGGCUUCACAGUCCCCAUCAUCAGCAUCAGCAGAUCAGUGGGCACACGCUGGGGAUGACACACUCUCCUGCCAUCACACAGGGCUACCCUCUGUCUCUCCAGUCUGAUUAUCAAACAAUAGGAGGUGCUAUGCUCAACAAUGGGCCUAUGAUGUCCUCCUCAGUGGACUACCAUCAGCUGGGCCGACACACACCCAACCAGCACCUGUCUUUGGACUGGAGCAACGAUUACCAUGGUAGCGGGGGUCUUCAGAGGGACAAACCCCUGUACCUCAGCUAGAGACGCUGGUCUUUAAUUCACGUCCUCUUGGACCACCAAACCUCUCUCCUCAAACUGCACUUCAGGACUUCAUCCUACACUGAUUCUGAGGGUCCAGCAGGGUUGCAAAACUGUAUCCACGAGGGAGUUUGAAGUCAUAAUCCUGCAGCUCCUGUGUGUGGAUUGGUUGGACUUCUUAUUCUGUUUUUCUACUGGUUGCUGUAUAAUUCAUGCAAAAGGUAAUUCAUGUAAAUAUGACAGGAGUUGGUCAAGAAGACCCACUUUCUCCCAACUUAUGUCCCCUGAGGUGAUCGAAGGUUUUUGUAAAGCUUCAGCUCCUGUGUCAAAUGUGUAAAAUAAUGUGAUCUUUGUCAGUUAAAAAUCCAGGUGACUUUUCUUUUGUGUACAGAGUCAGAGGAUUAAUGACCAAAUACUCCAACAUUGACAAACUGUGCUUCUGUAAAUAGGCGGUUUUACAAGUGAUCUCAGGCGAGAGAUCUGAAGCUGGCUGUUACCGCGCGAAUGGUAGCCGCUCGUUCCUUUGCUCCCACCCUCUGUGUUUUAGUCUGUGAAAUGAUGAAGUCUCCAUUUCUUUGUUGGAAAAUGUUCCUUUAAUAGAUGACAGCUCCCCCCUGGCACAUGUCAGUGGCUAAUUUUGAUUUGGAUCCAAACCACGUGCGAGUGCGUGAGGUGUCAUUGACCUCGGCUGCAUGGUCGAUAUUGUCAUCAUAUUUAAGAAGCUGUAACUGUUGCUUGAUUUACUGUAUUUUAAUGGGUUUUUUUUUGUUUGGUCUUAUUGAUAAUGGGAGGCUCGAUCCGUCUCACUCUGUAUCUCUAUAUUUUGUGUUUUCUGACAGGACUCUGGAACAAAACCAUGCAGAUAUUCUUAUUUUUAGAAUCUUAUAAUGUGUUUGAGAAUAAAGUCAGCGCUGCUUUGUCCA